AUGGAAGAAGCACAGUUGUCCCAGGAUAUUCUGGUAAAACUGGUCGAAGAAAAGCCCGAAGGUGUCCUUUGCGGAGUGUGCCAUCGUCAGUUCUCAAGAUACUCCUGCCCACGAUGUAACUUGGCAUAUUGCUCACUACCGUGCUUUCGCUCCGAGGCCCACAAUACUUGCUCUGAGGGCUUUUACCGCACGCAGUUAGAGACCGACAUCCGCUCUGCUCCUUCGAAAUCGGCCGAAGAGCGUAAAGAGAUGAUGGAAGUGCUCAAACGCUUCGAAGAAGAGAAUACGGAAGACGAUCUUGACGGGGACGAUGAUGAGGACGAACUUGAGAGCAAGCUCCGUGAUGUCAACCUCGACGAUGCAUCAUACGACGAACUCUGGGAACUCUUGACGCCUGCUCAGCGCACGAAGUUCCUGUCCGCACUGCAAGAUCCGUCUUCGACUUUAGCUCAGGAUCUACUCGCAGCUUCUGGGAACGAAGUCGACGGCCUACUCCCAUGGUGGGAGUCGGACACCGAUGACCCUACCUCCUCCGCCAAUACAGCCUCCUGGAUCUCACCCCAUUCUGCGGCACAACCCCGACGAGCCACGGAGAAGCCGAAGCUUAUGAGUGUACCAGUCUCGCUGGUGAAGCCGCAACAAAGCUCUUUCGCACUUGCAUACAACCUCGUCACUAUGCUUCUCGCAUAUGCGUAUACGUCCCGACAUCUCUCGGCUUCACCGCUGUCCGCUGCAACAGGCCUCAACGGCGAUGCUCGUCAAGUCAUCUGCAGGCUUGUUCCCUUUAUCUCAGACAAGCGAUCUACGACAAAGUUCGAGACACUGGACAGCGUCAUCACGGAUGUAUGGUCGCGGUUUGAACCAGGUUCCAUGGACUCUCGUGCAUUCGCACCAUUACUCAAAGAUGUCGCGAGGUUGCUCCGCCCGACGCCAGUAGUAGAGCUCGUCGCGUCAAGUACAUCACCCGAAAGCCUAUCUCAGCACCAGAAUGCUCUACAUGCGCUGUCCGACCUGCAUGCUCUAUUCUCCGCCUCUGUGACAACACCGGCCCGGGCAGCCCGGACAGACCAUAUAUCUGCGAAGAUCGCUUUCUACGCUGGCCAGGUCUUGUCAACAGACACGAAUUUCUUCGAAGGACUUGCGGAGGAGGUUGAUGCUCGGGCGAAUCGGGAGAGCGCUGAGCACCAGGAGGCGCCCGCGCUCGAGUCGAGUCGACCAAUUAUCCGUAGCGAUAAGCCUAUUCAGCCUCGUGUAGUAGAGCUUGCUUGA